GGGUCUAACUCUUAUCUUUGCUGUAGCAACAGCUAAGAACGUAAAAAACAUUCUGAUUUUUUUCGAUGUCGGUAUUUCAGAAUAUGAGGCACAAAAUUCUAUAUAAUGUCAUGUCUAUUCUGUUCUUAGUCAAUGGUAAAAUACUUUAAUGGUCAAUAUACAAAACAAAUGAUAAACUUUGCUUUGAAGAUAAGACUCAGGAGAGUGUUUAUCAUUGUUACUGCAGUAGCAAUUCACUUUAAGAUUGCACCAUGCAUCUAACAGGAAAGAUACAAAUACCAAUUUUACAAUGCAGUAUGCUGAUUUCACACAGAAAUUUACAUGUUUCAAAAGUCACCAGUGGCCGAUUCAAUAAAAUAUUAAUUGCAAACAGAGGAGAAAUAGCAUGCCGCGUUGCAAGAACUGCUAAAAGAUUAGGAGUAAAAACUGUAGCAGUAUAUAGCGACGUAGAUAAAAAUUCUUUACAUGUAGAACAAGCAGAUGAAGCAUAUUGUAUUGGUCCUGCACCAUCUAAUCAGAGUUAUUUAAGACAGGAUAAAAUUAUUUCUGUGGCAAAAAAAUCAAAGUGUCAAGCGAUACAUCCUGGUUAUGGUUUUCUUUCAGAAAAUGCAGAAUUUGCAGAGCUUUGCCAAAAAGAAAAUAUUACAUUUAUUGGACCUUCAGCAGAUGCGAUUAAAAAUAUGGGAAUUAAAAGUACUUCAAAAGAUAUGAUGAUAAAAGCUGGGGUUCCUGUUAUAGCAGGAUAUCAUGGAGAUGCCCAGUCUAAUGAAAGCUUACUACUGGAGGCGAGGAAAAUAGGUUUUCCUUUAAUGAUAAAAGCUGUGUGUGGUGGUGGAGGAAAAGGCAUGAGAAUAGUUUUAAAAGAGUCAGAGUUUAUCGAAGCUUUGGAAUCUGCAAAAACUGAAUCUGAAAAAGCAUUUGGUGAUUCGGCCAUUUUACUUGAACAGUAUAUCAAUAACCCAAGACAUAUCGAAGUACAAAUUUUUGCAGAUAAACAUGGAAAUGUUGUUCACAUGUUUGAAAGAGAUUGUUCUAUUCAGAGGAGACAUCAAAAAAUUAUUGAAGAAGCACCCGCACCUGGUAUAUCAGAAAAUUUGAGAUCAGAUUUAGGCGCAACAGCAGUUCGAGCGGCUAAAGCAGUAGGAUAUGUUGGCGCUGGUACCGUCGAAUUUAUAAUGGAUUGUGAUCGAAAUAGCUUUUAUUUUAUGGAAAUGAAUACACGUCUUCAAGUAGAACAUCCUAUUACGGAAGCAAUUACAGGAUUGGAUUUAGUUGAAUGGCAAUUACAUGUAGCGGCAGGAGAAGAACUUCCAUUAAAACAAGCACAAAUUAAUUUUCAAGGACAUGCCUUUGAAGCGAGAAUUUACGCCGAAGAACCAAGAAGGAAUUUUCUACCAGGCGCGGGUAAAUUGUCGUACAUGAGAAUUCCAGAAGCCAAUAAUGAAACUAUUAGAGUCGAAACCGGAGUUCGUGAAAAAGAUGAAGUAUCAGUACAUUAUGAUCCCAUGAUCGCAAAAUUAAUCGUUUGGGGAAAAAAUCGAGAGGAAGCAUUGGCUAUACUCAAAUCAAAGUUAAACGAUUAUAACAUAGCGGGGCUCAACACGAAUAUAGAAUUUAUCAAAGACUUAUGUUCCCAUUCGAAUUUUCGGCAAGGUCAGGUACACACAGGAUUCAUAGAGGAACAUUUUCAGGAAUUAUUUCGAAAAUUACACGUGCCAAAUGAAGUUGUAGCUCAGGCUGCCCUCGCUUUGAUACUUUACGAAGAUACACAUUCUUUGCGAUCAUCUUUUACAACUAGUGAUCCUUUCAGUCCUUUUGCAACUGAAACUGGUUUAAGAUUAAAUCAUACUUUAACACGCACUUUUUUUUUCAAUGUUUGCGAUGAUGAUAUCAAAGUUGAAGUAAGAUACGUGGAACCUGAAGUUUAUUCCAUGAGAAUCAAUCAAAUUGGCCCUUGGAGAAGAGUAACAGGCACAUUAAGGAAAAAGGAAAACUCGUUGGAAUUAUGUACUGAAGUUGGCGAAACGAUUACCAAAACGAGAAUUAUUAAAAUCUAUAACAAAUUACAUUUAUUCACCAAGGAUCGUGAGUGGCAAUUUAACAUACCUCCUAUAAAAUUUCUUCAUGAUCUUACAAAGUAUCAAAUUAAGGUGGAUCCCUGCAAAGCUUUGAGUCCUAUACCAGGUUCUGUCGAAAAAUUGUGCGUAACGAAGGGAGACGCUGUAAAGAUUGGAGAUGCAUUGCUCAUAAUUAAUGCCAUGAAGAUGGAACAUAUUGUCAGAGCAUCUAUAGAUGGAAUCGUCGAAGAUGUACUAUGUUCAACAGGUGAUAAUGUGCCAAAGGAUAAAAUUUUGAUUAAGUUAACUCAAUCUGUAUCUUAAAACAUAAAUAUUACAAAUUAUUAUUGUUUUUA